AUGGAGGUAUGCUCGAGAUUUACAGGCGUUUCAAACCUCAUAUUCUUAUGGUCCUGGCUCAGACAUAUCCUUGCCGGUUUAGUGAUGCUACCUUUUGCCUAUUUUCUUGAAAGAAAUAUACGGCCAAAGCUAACACUGGCUCUAUUCCUGGAGUUUUUUGUACUUUCUCUUCUCGGGGUGAGUUUAACCUUAAAUAUGUAUUUUACAAGCUUGAAGUUCACCUCUCCUACGUUGCUGUCAUGCAUGGUCAACACUAUAGCUUCCCUGACAUUUAUUCUAGCAGUCAUACUCAGGCUGGAGGUAGUAAAUAUUCGCAGGCUACGAGGCAUUGCAAAAAUUAUUGGAACAGUUUUAUCCUUGGCUGGUGUGAUGACCAUGACACUGUACAAGGGACCUGUUCUGAAAAACCUGGGGCAUACACUCAUUCAUAUCAGGGGAAGCACAACAGUUGUCCAUGAGCACUGGCUGAAGGGUUCUCUCCUUACCAUAGCAAGCUGCAUCACAUGGUCAAUAUGGUAUAUAAUGCAGGCAUAUACAUUAAAACGGUAUCCAGCGCAGCUUUCUCUGGCAACAUGGAUGAAUUUUGUGGGAGCAGCACAAUCAGCCAUAUUCACAGUUAUCGUGCAACAUAAACGAGAUGCUUGGACCAUUGGUUUGAACAUUGAUCUCUGGUCGACCAUAUAUGGCGGAAUAGUCAUAUCUGGUAUAGUGACGUACAUUCAGCUGUGGUGCACAGAAGAGAAGGGGCCAGUUUUUGUGACAAUGUUCAAUCCUCUGUCGACAUUAUUGGUGGCAAUUUUGGCAUACUUUGUACUAGGUGAAAAUCUAUAUGUUGGGAGUAUACUAGGUGGAGGAGUUGUUAUUAUUGGACUGUACUUGCUGUUAUGGGGAAAAGAAGAAGAUGAGGCACAAACAAAGCUGAAGGAGCACGAAGACACGAAGGCACAGAUAUUACCAUCAGAUGCAAAGCAUUUGGAAGAAGACGAGGCACAAACAAAGCUGAAAGAGCACAAAGACGCGAAGAAACAGAUAUUACCAUCAGAUGCAAAGUAUUUGAAAGAAGAACCUUAG